CAUUGUUUGGGUUUUUUCCUUCCCCUCUAGGUAAUUAAAUGCCUUUACUGAGGAUCUCUGCUCUGUUGGAAUGCUUGGAUGCACAGCAGCUCUUCCCAUAACUUCUUUCCGCCUGCCCCAUUGUGAGAAGAUGGCGAAAGCAAACAUUACCAGAGACCUCAUCCACCGGCAAAUCAAGGAAAAAGGUGCAUUGGGCUUUGAGCGACAUUACCAUGUCACUGACCCCUUCAUCCGACGUUUGGGCCUAGAAGGAGAGUUACAGGGUCACGGUGGAUGCGUUAACUGCCUGGAGUGGAAUGAAAAAGGAGACUUGCUGGCCUCUGGGUCUGAUGACCAGCACACCAUUGUCUGGGAUCCAUUGCAUCACAAGAAACUUCUUUCCAUGCACACAGGACAUACUGCAAACAUCUUCUCUGUCAAGUUUUUGCCGCAUUCAGGUGAUCGGAUCCUCAUUACAGGAGCUGCAGACUCCAAAGUGCAUGUCCAUGACUUGACUGUCAAGGAAACCAUCCACAUGUUUGGUGAUCACACCAACAGGGUGAAGCGCAUUGCCACGGCUCCCAUGUGGCCCAAUACGUUCUGGAGUGCAGCAGAGGAUGGGUUGAUCAGACAGUAUGAUUUGCGAGAGAACAGCAAACGCUCUGAAGUCCUGAUAGACCUAACUGAAUACUGUGGGCAGCUGGUGGAGGCCAAAUGCCUCACUGUCAACCCCCAGGAUAACAAUUACCUAGCAGUGGGUGCUAGUGGGCCCUUCGUGCGGCUGUAUGACAUACGCAUGAUCCACAACCACAGAAAAAGCAUGAAGCAGAGUCCCUCAGCUGGAGUGCACACAUUCUGUGAUCGGCAGAAACCCCUCCCCGAUGGUGCAGCCCAGUACUACGUAGCAGGACAUCUUCCAGUGAAACUACCCGACUACAACAAUCGCCUGAGAGUUCUAGUAGCCACAUAUGUCACCUUCAGUCCUGAUGGCACGGAGCUGUUGGUUAACAUGGGAGGGGAGCAGGUCUACUUAUUUGACCUGACUUACAAGCAACGGCCAUACACGUUUCUCCUGCCAAAGAAGUGCCAUACUUCAGUGGAAGUGCAGAAUGGCAAAACAUCAACCAACGGAGUGUCAAACGGCAUCCAUCUCCACAGCAAUGGGUUCCGGCUGUCUGAGGGACGAGCCCAUGUCAGCCCUCAGGUGGAGCUGCCUCCAUAUCUGGAAAGGAUUAAGCAGCAAGCAAAUGAGGCCUUUGCCUGCCAGCAGUGGACUCAAGCCAUCCAGCUGUACAGCAAAGCUGUUCAGAAGGCACCCAACAAUGCCAUGCUGUAUGGGAACAGAGCUGCGGCCUACAUGAAGCGCAAGUGGGAUGGUGACCAUUACGACGCUUUAAGAGACUGCUUGAAGGCUAUCUCCCUGAACCCCUGCCACCUGAAGGCCCACUUCCGUCUCGCCCGCUGCCUUUUCGAACUGAAGUAUGUGGCAGAAGCACUGGAGUGUCUGGAUGACUUUAAAGGGAAGUUCCCGGAACAGGCACAUAGCAGCGCUUGUGAUGCCCUUGACCGAGACAUCAACGCAGCCCUCUUCUCUAAAAGUGAUAACGCUGAAGACAAGAAAGGGAGUGGCCCAAUCCGGCUGCGAGCAACUGGCCGCAAAGAUUCCAUUUCGGAAGAUGAGAUGGUGCUGAGAGAGCGCAGCUAUGACUAUAAAUACCGGUACUGUGGCCACUGCAACACCACCACGGAUAUCAAAGAGGCCAACUUCUUUGGCAGCAAUGCGCAGUACAUUGUCAGUGGCUCGGAUGAUGGCUCCUUCUUCAUCUGGGAGAAAGACACUACCAACCUUGUGCGAGUGCUGCAAGGGGAUGAGUCGAUUGUGAACUGCCUGCAGCCUCACCCAAGCUACUGCUUCUUGGCAACCAGUGGCAUCGAUCCAGUCGUACGGCUUUGGAAUCCCAGGCCAGAGAGCGAAACCCUCAAUGGCCGCGUGGUGGAAGACAUGGAAGGUGCCUCCCAAGCUAACCAGAGACGAAUGAAUGCAGAUCCCUUGGAGGUGAUGUUGCUGAACAUGGGCUACCGGAUCACAGGACUGACUAGUAGCGGGACUGGAGGCUCAGAUGAUGAAGACAGCUCGGAGGGGCAAGUCCAGUGCCGGCCCAGCUAAAACAGACCUGCCUCUCCUUCCUCUAAUUGCUUUGUUGAACGGGAACCCCGUUUCCUUGGUUCUGAACUUUCUCUGAUGAACGGCUGCACUGUUUCACACUAUGCACAGAGUAGGACAAGCUGGCAGGGGCAGGAGUGGCUUUCUUGUUAAAUUACCACCACCUCUCCCCGCUCCCCCCUGUCACACUACUGAGCAGCAUGGCAAUGCAGUCUGGGUUCGCCUGUAGUGGAAUUUAGUCCCUGUAAGGAUAUUUUGAGUUGUCUGUGAGCAGUGUAAGCUGGUGACCUUCUCUGACGCUGCUGUAUGGCUUGGCGGAAGGGGCAUCGCCUCCGUUCAUGCAUUUGCAGAGGGGAUGUUAAACUGCUAAAUAAAACGUAAACCUAGGGCAGGGAUUACAGAAUGAUUUUACUGCAGCGAUCUUGGUUUCUGAUGCUUGGCUUAGCUGCUCUGCUGCCAGCUUGGCUCCUGGGCCCAGGUUCAGGGCUGGUGAUCAUAGAAAGUCCAUCUGGCCCACGAACACCUCGAGGGGACUUUUCUCUGGCCACUGGCUCUAACACGGUUGCUGAAAGUGACUAUAUCGGUUAGGGUUUGGCCACCACUUGUCUGUCUUUUGGGCAUCUCCUUUAGCUGAUGCAUAAAUGGAGACACUGAAUACAUGCAGUUGAAUGGAGGAGGAACCUCUUUCCCAGCACAAGUAUUGAUUUCCUCUGUGACUUGUGACCCCACGAAGAAAGAUGGUGGUAACAAAAGGAGAUGGGGCGUGAGGUUUUAAGGCUGGGAUAACUGGCGUGACUGAAGCUACCCAGGGAAGGUGGCUGAUAACAGCACUUCCAUCUCUUCCACCCAUGCUGCUGCUAGCCCUGUUUUACCUUCCCCUCUCCUAGCCCCCUCCUUGCUCUACAAUUGAGUGUGGCUGCCAUGCACCCAUCCUAGCUGGCAUUUGAGCUUUUAGAGGCUGGCAUUUUUAGUGCAGUUGACUGCUCUGGAUUUCAUCAGCUGAGGUGAUUUUUUUUCCUGAUGGAUGUGACCUCCCUCCUGUACAAGCUGUGGAGGAAGUCCUUGCAGUGGGUCAAUGGUCCUCUCAGGAACUGCUCUUCUUUCUCCUUACUCAUGCUGGCUUCAAAGCCAGAACCACAACUUUUUUUUUAAUGCAGCACUGUACUUCCACGCAUCCCAAGUAACUUUCAGCCUGUUUUCUCCUCUCACACUUGCCAAGCAUUAAAUAUAUCAAAUAGAUCUAACACAGCUGUGCUACAGCCCAAGUUAAGGAGUUUUUUUUUCUGACUAUCAACUAAGACCAAAGAGCCUUUGGAGAUCUUACUAUCUUUCUGCACUGUCUUUUUCUUCCUGCCGAAGACUUAAACGUGCUGACGCUGGUCUCCGGGGCACAGGGUGUGUGUAUGUGUGCGUGUGUAUGGGCGUGCUAUGUUACGGCUGUUCUUCCACACGGUAGAGUCCCUGGUCUUCCCAUACCUGCGUUGGAAGGACAAGUACCCACUCUUCCUUCUCUGGCUGCUCAGUGCUGCCAGGUGUUGAUGGGAGAGCUGGCUUUGUGUUAGCUGAUCAAAAUGACUGGCUUCCCCUCAACUUUUGUACACACCACUUUACCUGCUUUCCGUACAGCAAGGAUGAGCCACAAAGGACCUAACAAGGUCCGUGUCCCAUGGCCAGCGUCCUUUGUAAUAUGGUGCAGCCAGACCCCUGACAAGCAGUGCUCAUUCUUCCACCAGAUGCAAUUUGAUGGGGGGGCUUGGUGGGAACAUCUUGCCUCUCAAAGGCAGCCAGUGUCUGCUCCAUUUUUCUGUGGAUGGGGGGGGCCCAGGGCUAAUGUGCUCCUGGGUCUUUGGCAACAUGCCGGACAGCUGAGCAGAGACUGGCUUCCAAGGUACUUUUACAGACCCUCAGCAGCAGUUCUUUGUUUCUCAGGUCCAGCAAACUUGCCCCACGUCUUUUUUUUCCCCACCUGGGCAACUUGCCUGGGUCAAGCCAGCCCUUGGCUGGUAGGGGCCCUAGCACCUCUCCCAUUCUAGUCUGUUUGAAGUUAACAUCUGAGCAAUGCAGUCCAUGUUGCUCAUGACUUAGCUGAGCCCAUUCACUUGUGUCCAGGCUACUCCCCCAGCAGUGUGGCAGCAGUCCCAGGCGCUCAAUGUUCUUAACCCAGUGGCGGCAGGAAAUGGUUUUCACUUGUGUGGGUUUCUUAUUUUUAUUUGAAGUGGCCUGUGUUUGUUUUUGGGGUUCUUUGUUUGCUGAAGGCUUCCUGGAUGCAUCUGUCUGUCUCCCUUCCCUCUCCCACUUUAUGCUAGGCAAUGCCUUUUAGGCUUUGGGUUUUUGUUUUUUUAAACUCUCAGAUAGGCUGAGAUUGGAGGCUUUGAACAGAACAGAACCCCUGGCUCCUUGGGAGAUGUCACUUCCCUUUGAGCUUAUGCUGUGACAGCUAUUUUUACCCUAGCAAGACAGAGCAGCUCCCCUACCUGCCAGCUGCAGCACAAAGCUACGAGAGCAGUGGAUUGCCUUUAAAAAAAAAAAUGGCUGCUUUGUUUAAAAAGAGAAAUAUUAGUCAGAUUGAAGAGGGGAAGUCCCUCUGGCUCUUGCCCCUCCUUCCCGUCACUUUUUGGGGGCACGUUGUCUGCUUUCAUUGCUUGUUAAUGAGGAACUCCUAUUUAUUGGUGAAGAAAAAACAUGCUGGGGAAGAGAUGUAGCUUUAUUUACUUACCUCUGCUGUUUUCUUCUACCCCCUCCUCUGGCGAAGCCCCUUUUUCGCUCUUUUUUGGUUAACUCUUUCUAACCCAGGAUAUGCAGAGAUGCCUCCUUUUAUUUUUGUAUUGUAGCAGUGGAGAUCUCCUUGAGGAAACUCUGAGAUUCUUUUGGAUGUUGCAAAGACCAUUGCUCCUAGCUUUCCAGUGUUAAAGAUGGUGUCUCAAACUGCCCUUGCAAUUGUAGAGGUAACACACAAGCCUUACUGUCCUUGUAAGAAGGAGCAGAAUAUUUCUGUUUCUCUGGUCCCUGGAAGAGAAAGGGUUAAGCAAUUAAACAAUUCUUUGUUUUA